GUGUGAACAGAGAGCUUUCCAGCCAUAGACUCCAACCAGAGAGAAAGGAGCAUACAACGUCCCCUCUAACCUCAAGGAGCUAAACAAUGGAAAACCAUAACGGUGUGUUCAUGGGCGUGGACCUGCGUUGCCAGGUGAAUAACCAGGCCCACCGCACCGAGGAGAUGGAUCAGGAUAGGCUGAUCGUCCGCAGGGGACAGCCCUUCUCUCUAACCCUGCAGUGCUCCACCCCCCCGCCCCCCGGGCACCGCCUUGCCUUGGUCCUCCACCUGGGUAAGGAGAUGGUUGUGAAGGUUCUGGAUGUGCGAGGGGGGCGUGGCCAGUGGUGGUUCCGACAGCAGGGGGCGGAGCAAAGCGAGAUGCUGCUGACAGUUUACAGCCCAGCGAACGCUCCCAUUGGUCAGUAUCAGCUAGUGGUGUUGAUGACUUCACUUGAUGGACACAUCCUGGAUCAGACCCCUCCUCAGAGCUUCCACCUGCUCUUUAACCCCUGGUGUAAAGGUGAUGCUGUUCAUGUCCCUGAUGAGGAGCAGCUGCAGGAGUACAUCCUGAAUGAGAGCGGCGUUCUGUAUCAAGGCUCCUGGGACCACAUCUCUGCCUUGCCCUGGAACUAUGGACAGUUUGAGGACGGCAUUGUGGACAUUUGUUUUGAGAUCCUGGACAACUCUCCCGCUGCUCUAAAGAACCCAGAGAUGGACACCGAAAACAGGGCUGACCCCGUCUAUGUCAGCCGCACCAUCACAGCCAUGGUGAACUCCAACGAUGACCGUGGCGUGGUGUCCGGACGCUGGGACGGGGAGUACAAGGACGGGGUGGCACCGACGCGUUGGACCGGGAGCGUACCCAUUCUGAGACGCUGGAGUGAGGCUGGUGCCCAGAGGGUCAGAUAUGGGCAGUGCUGGGUGUUUUCUGGUGUGGCCUGUACAGUACUGCGCUGCCUGGGCAUCCCGACGCGCUCCGUGACCAACUACUCCUCUGCCCAUGACACAGACGGCAACCUGGCAGUGGACUUCGUGUACGACGAACAAUUGGAGAGUGUGGCCACCGGACGUAAGGACAUGAUCUGGAACUAUCACUGCUGGGUGGAGUCUUGGAUGGACAGAGAGGAUCUCGGUAAAGGCUAUGACGGCUGGCAGGCUCUGGAUCCGACUCCUCAGGAGAGGAGUGAUGGUGUGUACUGCUGCGGCCCUUGUCCCGUGCGCGCGGUGAGAGAAGGGAACCUGGGCGUGAAGUAUGACGCCGCCUUUGUGUUCUCCGAGGUGAACGCUGACCUGGUGUACUGGUUGGUCGGUCCCGACGGCCAGCGCUCGCAGGCGUCCCUCAGCAGCCAUACCGUCGGACGCAACAUCAGCACCAAAAGCGUGUACGGAGACUACAGAGAGGACAUCACCUCACACUACAAGUACCCCGAAGGUUCAAUUCAAGAGCGCGAGGUGUACGAGAAGGCAGGACGUCGAGUCUCUCACAUGGACGGUGAACCAGGGCAGCUGGAGCUGUCAAUCAAGCAUGCCCAGGCCAUCCACGGCACCGACUUUGACGUGAUCGUGGAGGUGCAAAACGUGGGCGGGCACGACGCCCUGGCCAAGCUGACCGUCAUGUCCAACGCUGUCACCUACAACAGCCUCCACCGGGGGGAGUGUGAGAGGCGCACUACCAGUGUGACUGUGCCAGCACAGAAGGCUCAUAAGGAGGUGCUGCGUCUGUGCUACGACCACUACGGAGCGUGUGUGUCUGAACACCACCUGAUCAGGGUCACAGCGCUCCUCCAAGCCAGCGGCCACAGUGACCUCAUCCUGCAGGAGGUCAACAUCCCACUGAGCAUGCCCCAGCUCCACGUCAAGGUCGUAGGAGAAGCAGUUGUAUCCAGGAAACUGACGGCUUACAUCAUCUUCACCAAUCCACUGCCAGUGACGCUGAAAGGAGGCGUGUUCACUGUGGAGGGGGCGGGGUUGACAUCUGUACAAGAAAUCCCUGCACCGGGUAAUGUUGGUCCGGGUCAAGAGGUGUCUGUCAAGUUGUCCUUCAAGCCCAGUCGCCCAGGUUUGAGGAAGCUGCUGGUGGACUUUGACUCUGACAGGCUUAAGGAUGUGAAGGGUGUGGCCACUCUGAUUGUCAGGAGGAAGUAGUAUUCUCUGAACUUAAGUCUACAGUAUCUAAUGUUAUUGUUUUUAUUCUAUAAAUAGCUAAAGCCUAUAAAUAAUAGCUCAUUAAUAAACAUGAGUAUGGCCUCAAGUAUUCCUUGAGGGUUUAGGUUGGUUGAGGGGCAGUUCUAUGGGCGCAUGUGAAGCACUCUGUAACAUGCUUGCGUGUAAUAAGGGCUAUACAAAUACAUUUGAUUUGAUUUGAUGAGUAUGGCCAAUCUAGGCCUUGCAAACUGUUGUGAAAUAACCUUUCAGUCUUACAUUGUAGUCCCUGAUAAUUGCACUUGAUAAGUUUUGAUUCUGAUCAUAAAAUUGUAGCUUUCCACCUUCAUGUCCUAAACUAGCAUUGUGUAGCUGAAGCAGAACAUUUUAUACUGAAUGUACAUGUGUGGGUUUUAAAAUACAACUAUGUAAGACUUGUUUUACUUUUUUAAUAAAGAAUUUACAUAUCAA